AUCAGCUGAUUAAACCUCAGUCUACUCCAGACGUCUCUGGCGCAGGGACAAAACGGAAGACUAGAAACGCGAGAACCGUGACAGAGACCAGAUGAUUUGAACUUGAAACGCCUUUUUUGUAAAUGAACGUGCGACUGACAUUGAUCUUGACUUCGAAAAUGAACGUCAGAUAAAGCAUGAGUACAACCUAAAGCUUUUACCUGAUGCCAUAGGUCAUCAUCUGAGGAAAAGAUGUCACCGGAAGAUCUCAAGAUCUCACUUGGACCUUUUUAGACCUUCUUAAAACUCUGAACUCUUGUAAAUGACUGUAGACCUGGUUCUCUUUCGUAUCAUCCAACCUACCUGGACCUUAAAACAAUGGCUUCCUACAGCACUGCCCCAACAGAGGAGCCCUCCUCAGAGGUGUUGAAUGGCGACCUAAAGUCAAGUGGCUCUCAGGAGUCGAUGAAACUGAAAAAAGAAAUCUCUUUACUCAAUGGUGUGUGUCUCAUCGUGGGAAACAUGAUCGGCUCUGGGAUCUUCGUCUCACCUAAAGGUGUAUUGAUGUAUAGUGCCUCCUACGGCUUAUCGCUGGUAGUGUGGACAAUCGGUGGGGUCUUCUCUGUGUUUGGGGCGCUCUGCUACGCCGAGCUUGGAACCACCAUCACCAAGUCAGGUGCCAGUUAUGCCUACAUCCUGGAGGCCUUUGGAGGUUUUCUGGCUUUCAUCCGUCUAUGGACAUCCCUCCUUAUCAUCGAGCCUACCAGUCAGGCCGUGAUCGCCAUCACCUUCUCUAACUACAUGGUGCAGCCCAUCUUCCCCACUUGUAUAGCACCCUAUGUGGCCAAUCGUCUGCUGGCUGCAGCCUGCAUCUGCUUGCUGACUUUUGUAAACUGUGCCUAUGUCAAGUGGGGGACACGCGUUCAGGACUUCUUCACCUAUGCAAAGGUCAUCGCCCUCAUCGCCGUCAUCAUCACUGGCCUUGUCAAGAUAUUCCAGGGUUACACACAGAAUUUUGAGGGUCUGUUCACGGGUUCAUCUCAGGAUCCUGGUGAUGUGGCACUGGCAUUAUAUUCUGCUUUGUUCUCAUACUCUGGAUGGGACACUCUCAAUUUUGUCACUGAAGAGAUCAAAAACCCAGAGAGAAAUCUUCCAUUGGCCAUUGCCAUCUCAAUGCCCAUUGUCACAGUGAUCUACAUCAUGACCAAUGUGGCGUACUAUACAAUCCUGCCCAUCCCUGCCAUUCUGGACAGUGAUGCGGUGGCUGUGACAUUUGCAGACCAGGUAUUUGGGUAUUUUAACUGGACAAUACCGCUCGCUGUUGCCUUCUCCUGCUUUGGAGGAUUAAAUGCAUCCAUUUUAGCUGCUUCAAGGCUGUUCUUCGUGGGCUCCAGGGAGGGCCACCUGCCAGACUACCUGUGCAUGAUUCAUGUCAACCGCUUCACCCCCAUCCCCGCCCUGCUCUUCAAUGGUGCCAUGGCUCUUGUGUAUCUGUGUGUGGAGGAUAUCUUUAGACUGAUCAACUACUACAGCUUCAGCUACUGGUUCUUUGUGGGUCUGUCUAUCCUGGGACAGCUGUACCUGCGAUGGAAACAACCAGACAGGUCACGACCACUAAAGCUUAGUCUGUUCUUCCCGAUUAUAUUCUGCCUCUGCACAGUGUUUCUUGUGGUGGUGCCUUUAUACAGUGACACCACCAACUCAUUAAUUGGCAUUGGCAUCGCCGUAUCCGGAGUGCCUGUCUACUUCCUCUGUUGCCAUCUACCUGCCUCCCGUAGGCCUAUGUGGCUCCGCAGAUUUAUUGCAUCAUCAGGUAUACUCAUCCAGAAGGUGUGCUUCUGUGUCCUUACUGAGAUGGACACAGAUGAUAGCAAGGCAGAGUAGAAGUGGACGGUACACGGACAACCAAAAUGUACAAUAUCCACCUCUGCUAAUCCAGUGUGUGAUGACAGAAUGGACACUCAAAACAUCUCCUUAUUUGGCUGCUGAUGUGACAGCCUCAUUUGAUGCGGGUUUACACAGAUAUCGCUUUAGAUCUAUCAGAUACUGAAUAAAAACUUCCCUCUCAUUCCAAAUCAAAGCAAGUCCUUUAUAUUUAUUGGACAUUUAUGUUGAAGAGCUGUCUUUUUGAUCAGUUUAUCGCUGUUUUUAAAAUGAUGGGGAACAGUAAAUGCUUAAAGAAAUAGUUCAUCCAAAAAUGAAAAUUCUCUCAUUUACUCACCCUCAUGCCAUUGCAGAUGUGUAUGACUUUUUCUGCUGAACACAAAUGAAGAUUUUAGAAGAAUAUCUCUGUAGGUCCAUACAAUGCAAGUGAAUGAGUACCAAAAGUUUGAAGCUCCAAAAAGCACAUCAAGGCAGCAUAAAAGUAAUCCAUAAGAAUCAAGUGGUUAAAUAUGUCUUCAGAAGUGAUAUUAUAAUUGUGAGUGAGAAACAGAUCAAUAUUUAAGUCCUUUUUUUUUUCUUUUUUUUUGGCCCAGUAUGGGUCGAUAUGCAUGAAGAAUGUGAAUCGGCAAAAACAAAAGAAUGCGAAAGUAGAGAUUUGUAGAAAAAAAGGACUUAAGUAUUGAUCUGUUUCUCAUCCACACCUAUCAUAUCACUUCUAAAGACAUGGAUUUAACCACUGGAGUUGUAUGGAUUACUUU